AUGGUCGAUUGUUUUAAGGCUAUGGCGACUUUCAUGAAAAAAUUCAAACGGAAGCGCAGAGUGUCUACAGAGCUCCACUCUCGCUGGGGUGAUGUUUCUAUCACCUAUCCCACACAAGGGUCCUGGAAUCAGUGGAAUCAAUCUUCUGGUUUCACCAAUAAACCAGCAAGCGCAUCUGAAGAAAAUCAACAAUACAUCCCGGCUGGCCCAUUACGCCAGCCGAGUUCUGGUGACUCAAGCAGACGCUCUCGAAGCGUCGGCACCCGCGAACAUCAAGUGGGAGACCCUCCACCUUUUCCCACAGGUUAUUUUGACCAAAACAUUCGGCGUCGCGUGGGAGAUACCCACACACCGCCAGCUCAUACACCACCGGGUCAAGGACUUGGCCUUGGUGAUCUGAGUGGUGGGCCAAGUCGCCGACCUUCAAGCUCUAUCAUCAAUGACGAAUGCACUACCGACGAGUCUUGCGACGAUGAAGAAGAAGAGGAAGAAGAACGCGAUACUCUAGGCCCACGAAUUCAAUUAAGCCCUCGGGAAUACGGCAUGGGAGAUGUGUCACAGAUCCCACGCGACAAUCCCGAAGAUUUCGAUAUCCCAGCCAAGUCUCCUCCACUCGCUGUUACUUCGCGCAUGCGCCGUUGCAGUCUCCAAAGCUGUCUCACAGAACCUACAGCAUCUAUAUCUGGUGGUACCAACUCGAGACGAACAAGCUUUACCGCUGCUUCUUCUAUCUCUGCACCCUCUAUGCCGCCAUCUACACCUCGUGUUGCGUACAAUCCACCAAAGCAACCUCCCUUUCCAGAGAAAAGAUACCCUCCCCGUACUAAACAGCGGGAACCCGAGCCUGCGCCUCAGGAGAUGGUGCCUUCCUAUGACGAGCUCUAUGGUUGA